AGUGAUGCCCUCUGAUAGGCCAGAGACACUAACAAUGAACUCCUCUCUGGACUUUCUAAUUCUAAUCUUAAUGUUUGGAGAAACCGGCAGCAAUUCAGUCAAACAGACAGGCCAAAUAACCAUCUUGGAGGGAGCAUCUGUGACUAUGAACUGCACAUACACAUCCACGGGGUACCCUACCCUUUUCUGGUAUGUCCAAUACCCCAACAAACCUCUGCAGCUUCUUCAGAGAGAGACGAUGGAAAACAGCAAAAACUUUGGAGUCAGAAAUAUUAAAGACAAAAACUCCACCAUUGUGAAAUACUCGGUGCAGGUGUCAGACUCAGCCGUGUACUGCUGUCAUCUGAGAGACACUUGCAGUGCUAAUGCUGGUGGUGCUGGCUAUGGAAAGCUGACAUUUGGACAAGGGACCAUCUUGACUGUCUAUCCAAAUAUCCAGAACCCUGACCCUGCCGUGUACCAGCUGAAAGGCUCGAAAUCCAAUGACACCUCUGUCUGCCUAUUCACUGAUUUUGAUUCUGUAAUGAAUGUGUCACAAAGCAAGGAUUCUGACGUGCAUAUCACAGACAAAACUGUGCUAGACAUGAGGUCUAUGGACUUUAAGAGCAACGGUGCUGUGGCCUGGAGCAACAAAUCCGAUUUUGCAUGUACAAGCGCCUUCAAGGACAGCGUUAUUCCAGCAGACACCUUCUUCCCCGGCACAGAAAGUGUCUGUGAUGCCAACCUGGUUGAGAAAAGCUUUGAAACAGAUAUGAACCUAAACUUUCAAAACCUGUCAGUGAUUGGGUUCCGAAUCCUUCUCCUGAAAGUGGCCGGGUUUAAUCUGCUCAUGACGCUGCGGCUGUGGUCCAGCUGAGGUCUGCAGGAUUGUAAGACAGCCUGUGCUCCCUCGUUCCUUCCUCUGCAUCGCCCCCCCUCUCCCUCUCCAAGCAGAGGGAACUCUCCCACCCCCAUGGAGGAGAAAGCUGCUAUCACCUCUGUGCCCCCCGGCAAUGCCACCAACUGGAUCCUACCCAAAUUUGUGAUUAAGAUUGCCGAAGAGCUGCCAAACACCGCUGCCACCCCCUCUGUUCCCUUAUUGCUGCUUGUCACUGCCUGACAUUCACGGCAGAGGCAAGGCUGCUGCAGCCUCCCCGGCUGUGCACAUUCCCUCCCGCUCCCCAGAGACUGCCUCCACCAUCCCACAGAUGAUGGAUCCUCAGUGAGUUCUCCUGGGCUCUAGGUCCUGGAGAAUGGUGUGAGGGGUUUAUAUGUUUUAAAUAGUGUUCAUAAAGAAAUACAUACUAUUCUUCUUCUCCAGACAUGGGGGGAAAUUAUCUCAUUAUCGAGGCCCUGCUAUGCUGUGUAUCUGGGUGUGUUGUAUAUCCUGCUGCCAAUGGCUUCAUUAAAAUGGUUUGGAAGAGCAGA